UUUAGUGGGCGUGUUUUUAUCCAGCUAACGGGACUGGGUGAGCAGCAGCUUUCGGGGACUUCUCCGAGAUCUGUGCUCAAUCAAUACUACCGAUCCAAUCCAGCGAUCGCGAUCACAUUUUAAUUGUAGUCCGUAUAAAAUGCAACACUCGCGAACGGCGAAUUAGCGGCGGUGCUCGUAAAGCUGACGCGCAGCAGCGGUGCGUUUGUUCAGGCAGUGGCUCGCACGAGUCAUGAAACCGCAGAUUAAGUGUUAGGGAAGUUCGAUCGCCGUUUUAAAGACAGCAAAUAUCAUUCAGCGAACAGCCUUGCGGUAUUUUAGUGGUUUUAGAAGAUAACCAUAAUGCAGAGCGACAAGCCGGAGCCGAGCGAAUCCAAGGGCGCCGAGUGUCCGAGCACAGGCGACCGCGAGAAGAAAGCCAUGAGUAACGUGGAGGCAGAAACUGACAAACCCAAGGGGAUAAGUGCAGUGGCGGUACUCUGGACCUUUGGGAAAUGCCUGGGUGCCUUGCUGCCCGUCUACCUUGCCGGAUACUAUCGGGUCAGCACCAGUCUGCUGGUGUUCGGCAUGAUGAUCUACACGGGAUGGAAACAUGCCCGAGAAGGCAAGGAGACGCGCCUGAAGUCAGCCAUACAGCUGCUCGACAACGAGCAAGAGUACACAUCCACGAGAGUGUCCAAAAUCAAGCGAGACCUUCCUGCAUGGGUAAACUUUCCGGAUGUUGAGAAGGUUGAAUGGCUGAAUAAGGUCCUGCAGCAGGUGUGGCCCUUUGUCGGCCAGUACCUCGAGAAGCUGCUGGUAGAAACCAUCGCUCCUUCUAUCCGAGCCUCAAGCAGCCACCUCCAGACCCUCAGCUUUACCAAGGUGGACAUGGGAGACAAGGCCAUGAAGGUUGUAGGGAUCAAGGCACACACAGAAAAUGACAAGGGACAAGUCUUGCUGGAUCUGUAUAUUAGCUACGUUGGCAACGUGGAGAUCAAUGUUGAAGUGAAACGGUACUUCUGCAAAGCUGGAGUCAAAGGCAUACAGCUACACGGGAUGAUGCGAGUGAUCCUUGAGCCUCUGAUUGGAGAUGUGCCUAUUGUGGGUGCAGUCUCUAUGUUUUUCAUCCGUCGGCCUAAACUAGACAUCAAUUGGACUGGACUGACUAAUUUGUUGGACAUUCCUGGACUGAAUGUCAUGUCAGACAGCAUGAUUAUGGAUGCUAUCGCCUCCUUCUUGGUGCUGCCCAACCGCCUGGUUGUCCCGCUGGUUCCUGGCCUGCCUGUGGCCCAGCUACGCUCUCCUUUGCCCAGGGGUGUUGUACGCAUCCACCUACUGGAGGCACAGAAACUAGUAGCCAAGGACAACUAUGUGAAAGGGGUCAUGGCAGGCUUGUCUGACCCCUACGCCAUAUUAAGGGUGGGACCUCAGACCUUCACCUCCAAACACAUUGACAACACAGAUGCCCCCAAGUGGGGAGAGAUGUAUGAGGUUAUUGUCCAUGAAGUACCUGGUCAAGAGUUGGAGGUUGAGGUAUAUGACAAAGACCCAGACAAGGAUGAUUUCUUGGGCAGGACCAAAUUGGAUUUGGGCAUUGUGAAGAAAUCCAUAGUUGUCGAUGAUUGGUUCACUCUGAAGGACACAGAUUCUGGACGGGUUCACUUCAGGCUAGAGUGGUUGAGUUUGCUGCCAAGCACUGAUCAACUAGAGCAGGUCCUGAAGAGGAACGAGAGCAUCACCAACAAGAAUGCUGAUCUCCCUUCUUCAGCCAUCUUGGUUAUCUAUUUGGAUAAGGCUGAGGCGCUUCCUAUGAAGAAGGGAAAUAAAGAGCCCAAUCCCAUGGUGCAGUUAUCUGUGAAGGACGUCACUAGAGAGAGCAAGACUUGUUACACAACCAUUAAUCCAGAGUUUGAAGAAGCUUUUACCUUCUUCAUCCACGAUCCUCGCAACCAGGACAUAGACAUUCAGGUGAAGGAUGCUGACCGUGUGCAGACGCUGGGAAACCUGACCAUCCCGUUGUCCCGUCUCUUAUCAAAUUCCAAUCUUUCCCUGGACCAAUGGUUCCAGUUGGAAAACUCUGGAUCAGCCAGUCGCAUCUACCUCAAUGCGAUUCUCAGGGUCCUGUGGUUAGACGAAGAGCGCAUUCCAUCUGAUGUGUCCUCCAGCUUAUCCCAACAGCUCCCACAGCAGACCUCUGCCCAUCCUAGCUUCGCUACAGAGGGACUGCUGAGAAUUCACCUGUUGGCAGGUCAGAAUCUUGUUCCGAAAGAUAACCUGAUGGGAGGCAUGGUGAAAGGCAAGAGUGACCCCUAUGUCAAGAUCAGCAUUGGGGGUGAAACAUUCACAAGCGAAGUUAUCAAAGGCAAUCUUAACCCCACCUGGAACGAGAUGUAUGAGGUUAUUUUAACCCAGCUUCCAGGCCAGGACCUGCAUUUGGAGGUCUUUGAUAAAGACAUCAACAUGAAGGAUGACUUCAUGGGCAGGCUGAAGAUCAGUCUAAAGGAUCUCAUUGAUGCUCAGUACACUGAUCAGUGGUACACGCUCAGUGAUGUGAAGUCUGGUCGUGUACACCUGAUAUUGGAAUGGGUUCCAACAGCCUCAGAGUCAGACAGAUUGGACCAGGUUCUUCAGUUCUAUUCCCAACAGUCCUACAAGAACAAAGCAGUUCCCUCGGCAGGCCUGCUGUUUGUGUUUGUCGAGCAGGCAGAUGGAUUGUCAGUGAAGAAGAGUGGAAAAGAUCCAAAAGUAGGAGCAGAGUUAACUCUUGGAGCAAAGUCUCGAAAAACUACAGUGUGUGAUCGUACAACAUCACCUCAGUGGAAUGAAGCAUUCUGCUUCCUGGUUCGUGACCCCAGAGAGGCUAUUCUUCUUGUUAAGCUCUCCCACAGCUGGACCUUACCCAUGGGCUCUGUGGUUAUUCCUAUUCGAGAGCUGCUCUCUGAACCAGAGCUGGUCCUGGACCAGUGGUUCCAUCUGGAUGGAGCCUCACCUGAGAGCCAGAUUCUUUUGAGAACUGAACUCAAGAUGCUGAUUCCAAGCAAAUGUCCUGUUACCGCUGAUAAAACUAAGGCGACUGCGGUGUCAGAUCCUUCUGCUGCUAAGCAGAAACAGGAGACAGAAAAAACGCUCAAGUCGAGCUCAAUAGACACUCCCCCCGUGGAGACUAUUGUCUCUUCGGUGACUUCGCAUGAAGAUGCCGAUGCCAAAAAAAAGGCAGCUGAUUCGAUUCCAGAUGAGACGGAAGAAGAAUCACCAAGUCCUGCCAUAACACAGCCUCCUCAUACUUCCCCAGACAUCAGCUUUGCCAGUCAGGGUCUGCUGAGGAUCAUCCUGCUGGAGGCCCAGAGUCUUGUUGCCAAAGAUAAAGUGAUGGGUAUGGCCAAAGGCAAGAGUGACCCUUACGCUAAGAUCAGUGUCGGUGAAGAAAGUUUUAAGAGCAACGUGAUCAAGGAAAACCUCAACCCGGUCUGGAAUGAGAUGUAUGAGGUGGUUUUGAGGCCUCAGUCAGGACAGGAAAUGCAAGUGGAACUGUAUGAUAAAGACAUGGACAAAGAUGACUUCCUGGGCAGAUUCAAAAUCAGCGUGGCAGACAUAAUCAGCUCCCAGUACUUAGACCAGUGGUACACCUUGAAUGAUGUAAAGUCUGGGCGUGUCCGUCUGAUCCUGGAGUGGGUUUCAACAGUGUCCCAUAAUAACACCCUAGACCAAGUAAUGCAUUUGCUGUCUCUGCAGUCUUACCAGAACAAGGCCGCUCCCUGUGCAGCACUCCUCUUUGUUUAUGUGGACAGAGCGCACUCGUUGCCUUUCAAAAAAAGUGGAAAGGAGCCCAAGGCUGGAGCUGAGCUGGUGUUUGGUAACACAGUCUACAAAACUAAGGUGUGCGAUCGCACGAGUGCUCCUCAGUGGAAUGAAGGAUUCUACUUCAAAGUACACAAUCCCAAAGAGGAGAUGCUCAUCAUAAAGCUCUCCAGUGCGUGGGACCAGCCAAUGGGAUCUCUGGUAGUUCCUGUGAGACAGCUUCUCUCUGAACCACAGCUGGUCCUGGACCAGUGGAUGCCUCUUGAUGGAGCAUUACCUGAAAGCGAGAUCCUCCUGAGGGCUGAGCUCAAGAUUCUUAACUCGAGGAUGGAUGAAGUUCCACGGCCGACUGUGACCACUGUAAAGAAAGAGGACACCAGCACCCACACAGAAAAGGCAUCCGCAGCAGCUGGCAAGGAGGAAAAAAGUUCAGAGAUGCCAACGCACAAGUCUGUUGCAGUAUCAAACCAGCCUAAAGAACCUGAAGCAAAUCCUGCAACUGCUACAGAGAUGGCUCCUCAUGUUGAACCAGCACAUGACCCAUCCCCUGCUGCCGCACUGGUGGACAAGCCAGCAGAUGCAGAAGAGCACCGCACACAGCCCCACACAGCAGACAGAGGAGACUUUGAACCACAGAAAAAGCAAACAGAAGGUUUGGGCAAUCUUGCUCACGCCACAGUGGCAGGUCUUCCCACUGACACUAAAAAGCCAGAAGUGGUUCCUGAAAUCCCCAAACCUGCUCAGGUUCUUCCACCACACACAACCCCGAGCCAGGGCUUUGCUCAAGAGGGGCUCCUGAGGAUUCACCUGCUGGAGGCCCAGAAUCUGGUUGCAAAGGAUAACCUGAUGGGGGGGAUGGUGAAGGGCAAGAGCGAUCCCUAUGUCAAGAUCAACGUAGGCGAGGUUGCAUUCAAGAGCCAUGUUAUCAAGGAGAAUCUAAACCCAACAUGGAACGAAAUGUAUGAGGUCGUUGUGAAAGGGCACAGCAUCCAGGAGAUCAAGUUUGAAGCAUUUGAUAAGGAUAUAGAUUCUGAUGACUUUCUAGGAAGAUUCAGUAUUAAGCUAAAUGAGGUCAUAAGAUCACAGUACACAGAUCAGUGGUACACUCUGAAGGACGUGAAAUCUGGACAGGUUCACUUGAUACUGGAGUGGGUUCCUGCAGUGUCAAAUGCAGCCAGACUGGAGCAGGUGCUGCAGCUUCAGUCUCUCCAGGCUUUUAAGAACAAAGCUGUCCCUGCUGCAGCUCUGCUCUUUGUCCAUAUAGACAGAGCACAUUCAUUAUCUUUGAAGAAGAGUGGAAAAGAACCAAAAGCCGGAGCUGAGCUUGUUCUGGGUGAAACAGCCUACAAAACCAAACUCUGUGACCGCAGUACCAGUCCUCAGUGGAAUGAGUCUUUCUACUUUGUGGUCCAUGAUCCUAAGCAUGAUAUGCUUGUGGUGAAAUUGUCGAGUGGCUGGGACCAGCCAAUGGGAUCUCUGGUGAUUCCUGUCAAGAAUCUGCUUGCAGAGCCACAGCUGGUUCAGGAUCAGUGGUUCCAUCUGGAUGGAGCAUCACCUGAAAGUCAAAUCCUGCUUAGGGCUGAACUCAAGAUACUGGCAUCCAAAAUGACGGAUUUGAUUGGUGCAGGGACUUUGCCCUGUGCUGCUUCUGGGUGCAGUUCUGGAAACGGGCAGGUGAAGCUGUCGCUUUCAUACGCCUCGCAAGAGAGAAAGCUCAUUGUCAUCGUUCACGCCUGCAGAGGUCUGUUGUCGCAACAUAAAGAUGGUGUGGACAGCUAUGUCUCCCUCAUGCUGCUGCCAGAUAAAAGCAAGGCCACUAAGAAAAAAACAGGAGUGAAGAAGAGAGACCUCAACCCAGAAUUUAAUGAAAGGUUUGAGUAUGAUCUGCCUAAGGACGAGAUAAGAUUCAGACGCCUCAGUGUAUCAGUGAAAAAUAACUCCUCUUCAUUCAGAAGCCGAGACGUCAUUGGACAGGUGCAGCUCGAGUUGGCUGAGGUGAACCUCGUGUCUGGUGUCACAGAAUGGUUCACUCUCAAGGAUGAAGCUGAAUAGAAAUCGCUGCUUGCUGAUGCCGUAGGACAGCGAUGAAAACGUCAUCAUUCGAAUCCUGCUGCUGCUAAUCACACCGAUGCCUUCUCCUCUGUACUUCUGCACACAGUGCCAGCAUGGCAGCCUUACCUGUAUCCACCCAGCUCACUGUGUUAUAGCAUCUAGUAUAGAAGUGCACAGCUCUCGUAUUCACAUACAACCACAUACAUACAAGUCACCAAAGAUAAGUAGAAAGAAGCAGCUAAGUU